CCGUGCCCCAACUUUUAUGUCAGGGGCCACACUGCUAGCGAGGUGCUUGCAGGGAGGAUGAUGAUGACCAUGAACGGCAAGCAGCACUUCUCCAUGCACCCGGCUCUGCACGAGCCCAAGUAUCCCGGCCUGCACUCAGGCUCGGAGGGCAUGCGCAGAGUCUGUCUGCCCGCCCCACAGCUGCAGGGCAAUAUAUUCGGAGGCUUUGAUGAGAGCCUGCUGGCACGGGCAGAGGCUCUGGCGGCUGCUGACAGCAUUGUCUCUCACGGCAAAAGUCACCCGUUCAAACCAGACGUGACUUACCAUACCAUGAACAGUGUCCCCUGCACCUCAGCUUCAUCUUCUUCCUCUACUACCGUGCCCAUCUCCCACGUUCCUUCCACCAUCGCCUCUCAUCACCACCACCACCUCGGACAGACCCUGGAGGCCGGAGACCUCCUGGACCACCUCUCCACCAGCCUGGCUGUGACCGGGAUGGGUGCCCCAGAGCCUCCAGGGAUGACCACGCCGGCGCACCACCACCAGCACCCUCAUCACCACCUGCAGACUAUGGGGCAGCUGCACCAGGCGAUGGCCACUAUGGCCCACCCUCACUCCCUGUCCGUUCACGGCGGUAUGGCUUGUGUCAACGACGUAGAGUCGGAUCCCAGGGAGCUGGAAGCCUUCGCCGAGCGGUUCAAACAGAGGAGGAUCAAACUCGGGGUGACCCAGGCGGACGUCGGGUCAGCUCUGGCCAACCUCAAGAUCCCAGGAGUGGGGUCUUUGAGCCAGAGCACCAUCUGCAGGUUCGAGUCCCUCACCUUGUCCCACAACAACAUGAUCGCGCUCAAGCCGGUUCUCCAGGCCUGGCUGGAGGAAGCCGAGGCUGCCUACCGGGAGAAAAGCAGCAAGCCGGACCUUUUCAACGGGAACGAGAGGAAAAGAAAGCGCACGUCCAUCGCCGCGCCGGAGAAGCGCUCUUUGGAAGCGUACUUUGCCAUUCAGCCCCGACCCUCCUCGGAAAAAAUUGCGGCGAUCGCCGAAAAACUGGACCUGAAAAAGAACGUGGUUCGAGUGUGGUUUUGCAACCAGCGGCAAAAACAGAAACGAAUGAAAUACUCUGCGGUGCACUGAGUUACACAGAUCAUGAAUAAAAUAGCCUACUACAUUUUUGAUCGAGUGAUUAAUAAUAGCCUAAGUAACCUAACUAACAGGGAUUUUGCAACGUGUCUCAUUUUGGAUUGCUCCCAGAAAGACUUUUACUUCAUCCCCAUUUCGUGUCACGCACUCUUCAUUGUUGCACUUUUUCGAUUUUGUUAUUAAUACGGGACUGAUAAAUGUGUUAUAGAUCUGUAAGGAGGAUGACUUUGAUGUUGUUUGUCUUGUAUCUUGCACACUCUAAAUGUGGAUUUUUAGGAAAUUCACCCUGACAAUUUGUCACAUUCAGGGAUUAUUAACUCACUUUUUAUAAACCAUUACUUGGAGUUCAUGGAGGCUGAAUUUAUGGGCUGUUUAAAUGUUAAACUGAUGUUAUCUGAAGAGACAGACAGAGUCUUCAGGAAUUCGAGAAGAAAAGAAAAAAUACGAUUUUGUAAGAUAAUUGGUUGAGACCUGAGUUUGUCCUCCACAUCACUGGCUCAUAUACACUGAACUAUAUGUCGUUUUCACCGCUUUCUUUUUCACCUCUUUUCUUUUUGAAAACUUCAGUGGAAUGUGUCCUCAGUGUGUUCACCUUUUUAAAUCACUAUUUUUUCUCGGUAUUUUUAUUUUUUGCGAACUAAUCAGCUCUCUUCGUGAACUGUGUGAAGGUAAUUUACGCACAAGCAACAGUGACUCUUUCACAAGGUAUAUGACACUGUGAGUCUGGAUAUCUUUAAUUAUUUAGAAAUGAAAAUGACACCGUCUUAUAUAUAUAUGAGGCACAGACGUGUGGCUUUGGCUGCUGCUAUAUUUUAAUAUUUUGAUGUGAACGUGUUUUGGACCAUUACAGGUGAGCUGUAUAUUUAUCAUAUUGGUGAGAUAUAUCCAGUAUACAGGCCUCCAUCACCUGAUCUAACUAUUUAUUUUUUCUCACUCUUGAUUUCAUUUGGAAAAAACAUGUGUGAAUUUUAAACUUAAUAAAUUAUCAGUUAUUUUUUAAAAUCC